GACGUCAGGAGCGGUGGCAGGCGGGGGCCUCCUAAAACCCUCAGGACGCUUUAUCUGUGGGCCCUCCAAUCGCGUCAUAAGUCGGCGACUGAGCCUUGGUGGUGGUGGUGGUGGCCGAGGCGGCGAAGGCGGCAGCGGCGGCGACAGCUCUGGGGUUUGCGUCUCGGGGUGUGUCGGCCGCCGCUGCUGCUUAGGCCUGGUAUGUACAAAUGGCUGGUUAGGAUUCUCGGCACCAUUUUCCGUUUCUGUGACCGGCCGGUGCCCCCCGCCCGGGCCCUCCUGAAGAGGCGGCGCUCGAACAGCACUUUGUUUUCUACAGUGGACACUGAUGAAAUACCGGCCAAAAGACCAAGAUUAGAUUAUUUCAUUCACCAAGUGAAAACCAGUCUCUACAAUGCUGCCAGCUUAUUUGGAUUCCCAUUCCAGCUGACCACAAAGCCCAUGGUAGCUUCUGCUUGUAAUGGAACACGGAAUGUGGCCCCUUCUGGAGAGGUAUUUUCGAAUUCUUCAUCUUGUGAACUGACAGGUUCUGGAUCCUGGAACAACAUGCUGAAACUGGGUAAUAAAUCUCCUAAUGGAAUAAGUGACUAUCCAAAGAUCAGAGUGACAGUAACCCGAGAUCAGCCUCGCAGAGUCCUGCCUUCCUUUGGUUUUACUUUGAACUCAGAAGGGUACAGUAGAAGGCCUGGUGUCCGUCGCCACAGCAAAGGAACUUCAGAAAGUUCCUUAACCUGGAAGCCUCAGGAACAGGUUGUAACAGAGAUGAUUUCUGAAGAGGGUGGCAAGGGUGUGAGGCGUCCCCACUGUACUGUGGAGGAGGGUGUUCAGAAAGAGGAAAGAGAGAAAUACCGAAGGCUAUUGGAGCGACUUAAAGAAAGUGGUCAUGGAAACUCUGUUCCUUCUGUAACUUCAACUUACCACAGCUCUCAAAGAAGUCACAUGGACCCAUUAAAGACCAAAGGCUGGGGGGAAGAGCAAAGUCACGGAGUCAGAACAGCUCAGUUUGUUCCAAAACAAUAUAGAGUUGUUGAAACAAGGGGACCUUUGUGCUCAGUGAGAAGUGAGAAGAGGUGUUGUUCAAAGGGGAAAAUUUCUGAUACAGAGAGGACAGUUGGACUCAGACUUGAAAAUGAAGGUAGGAGGGGGCUCCAGCUGGAACCUGACCUAUCCGAAGAGGUGUCGGCCCGACUCCGCCUCGGCAGUGGGAGCAAUGGCUUACUCAGGAGGAAAGUGUCCAUACUUGAGACAAAAGAAAAACAUUGCUCAGGCAAAGAGAGGGAUAAAAGGAUGGAUGAUCUUCUUGAACUUACAGAGGAUAUGGAAAAGGAGAUCAGUAAUGCCCUAGGUCAUGGCCCACAGGAUGAGAUCUUAAGUAGCGCUUUCAAGUUGCGAAUCACUCGAGGAGAUAUACAGACCUUGAAGAACUACCACUGGCUCAAUGAUGAAGUCAUUAAUUUUUACAUGAAUCUUCUGGUGGAAAGAAACAAAAAACAAGGGUAUCCAGCACUUCAUGCAUUCAGUACUUUUUUCUAUCCCAAAUUGAAGUCUGGUGGUUACCAAGCAGUGAAAAGAUGGACCAAAGGGGUCAAUCUCUUUGAACAGGAACUUAUUCUGGUGCCUAUUCAUCGGAAGGUACAUUGGAGUCUGGUGGUGAUAGACCUACGGAAAAGGUGUCUCAAAUAUCUGGAUUCUAUGGGACAAAAGGGCCACAGGAUUUGUGAGAUUCUUCUUCAGUAUUUACAGGAUGAAAGUAAGACCAAAAGAAAUAUUGAUCUAAAUCUUUUAGAGUGGACCCACUACAGCAUGAAGCCACAUGAGAUUCCUCAACAGUUAAAUGGGAGUGAUUGUGGAAUGUUUACUUGUAAAUAUGCAGAUUAUAUCUCUAGGGACAAACCUAUCACAUUCACUCAGCACCAGAUGCCUCUCUUCCGGAAGAAGAUGGUGUGGGAAAUCCUUCAUCAGCAGUUGCUGUGAGAAUGCCCCGCCCGGUCCCUCCAGCUGCUGGUGGCUCUUUCGUGGAGGACGGAUGUUUCCAUAUACCUCAUGCAUCGUGGGUUCAGCAUCCCCGCAUCGCCCCCGCUGGCUCACAGGUACUGGGCUGUAGGACGCGCACGCAGGCCUCUCCCUGUGCCCUGGUCCCGACUUGGCGCGUGGAGGUCCUGCCUGCCACCCCGUGUGUGAGCCUGUGCCUGCUCAGAGCCCUGGACUAUUCAACCCACACGAGAACAAACGCUAAUUAUUAUUUUUUUUUAAGAUUUUUUUUCCCUAUGAAUGUGGGAAAUGCAGGAUUUAUUCUAUGAUUUGUUUUUUGUGUGUUUGUUCACAUGUGUUCAUUCGCUCACUCAUUUGCAAACAUGAUGGACAGUGGCUGUUUGCUGCUGCUCCACAGUUAACUCUGAAUUACCUGUUUGAACUAUUUAUUUUUGAAAGGAAUGUUAAUCAAGCCCCACUCCCAGCUGAAGAUCAAGAGGGGAAUCAGUGAGGGGAGGAAGGCAGUGUUAUUUAACUUCUCUGUGGCUGGAGCUGAAACUGCCAACUUGAAGUGGGAGCUCUUGUUCUUGAGGCUUGAACUUGCCGGAGAAGCGCCUGGUGUAGGGCUCUCAUUGCCUUUCAGAGAAGUCUGACAUGAAGGCAUUGGCCUGGGGGCUUGGAAAAGUGGAACUGUGGCCUUGGAACUCUGGCCAUCCAGGCGUCUUCAGAAGAGUGUCGUGGUCAUCCUAAAGAGACUGCUCUUUCUGGAAAUGAGCUGACUUGGCUACUUUUAAAACUGGAUUUGAAGUAACUAGAAACCCUAAAUCUUCCUAUUCAUCCCAGAUCUGGUUGAGUAUAAACCUCAGAAUUGUAAGGGCUGGCCUGGGCUGUUUAUUUCAAGAGAUACUAUUCAACGUAAAAGCUAUUUUUCCUCAAAGUUUUUUUUUCUAUAUAUAAAGCUGAAAUUAAGUUUUGUACUCAUUAGGAUUUACCUCCCCCCCAUUCCACCCCCACGGAAAUUUGGAAGAAAAUUUAGUACUUGGCUGUGAGGCUGCCAGUUAUACAAUAAUCUAUUUUGCAUAUGAAAGUUUGUAUUCAACUUUUUUGUUCAUUAAAAACUUUCCAGUGGUUAUGCAUUUUUAAUUUCAGAAAGUUUAGAGUUGGUCAGAACAUAUUUUGCAAGAUCUAGUGCCUAGUGUUGCUUUUCCGAUGUAAUAAAGGUUGUCUGGCAGAACCUGAAAA